AUGGAUGUCAGCUCACUGAGUCUUGCCAGCCUUCUGGGAAUGCUCCUGACUCUGAUUUCAAUAGUCUCGUCUGCCCCGCCGCUACCCAUCGACGAGCAGUCCCUCCAGUCUGCCGCAUUUGAUCUUGCAGAAUCCCCGGUCACCGAGCACGCUUCCUUCGAGUCGCACUCGUCAGCACACAAAGACUCAGAUGUUGCUGAGGGCCUCGACCUUGCCCCUGACCUUCCUCACCCCCUGGUCCGUCGUGCCGACAGUAUCGAAGAUCUCUCCACCGCCAAUCCCUACAAGUAUGAGCUCUGCUGUGUGUAUGACUUCUGGAAGGAGUGCGACAUCCAGUUCACCUACAUCUGUCGCUCAGAAUACACUUUCAAAUGCAACCUCGACGGCAAGCUCACCUGGCGGAAGGAUAACGACGAGUGUCAUCAGCAAUGUGGCUGCUUCGAACCGGACGUAGUGAGUGGGGACACGACGACUCUUUCACGUCGUCAGGUCGUCGAGGCCGCGAGAUUGGAAGCCGCAUCACCAUUUGACUACGUCGACUACACCCGAAGAAUUCCUCGUGGUCGGGAAACUCGCACCACAGCAGGCGGAUUCGAGAUGGAUCUUGCCGCGAUUGCAUCUAUAGGUGGUCAUAAGUCACGGUCUGUCUCUUUAGAAGGGAGUGACAACAGUGACUUGGCCAUUGGCUCGCCCGAAAUCGUCAGCCGCGCCGCUUUACACAACUGGGCCCUUGCUUGCUGGGAUAGAGAAUACGUACCAGGAGGCGAGUGGCUGCAGGAGAAUCGCACGAGGACAGCACUCUGCACGUCACCGCCUUGGGGUUAUUCUUGCGACAGCAGUGGAACGACGACUUACCGGGUGCAGAACCAUGAAAUUUGUGAGAGACGCUGUGUAUGCAACAACAUGGACCCACGUCCACGCUGCAUUGAUACCAUCAAACAUAACUUCAUCCCUGGAUGCCCAGGUGUAGGCUCCCCUGGCCUUCGCCGCUCGAUUCCACUGGGGAUCGAAGCCAACACCUCUGAGCCUCAGCUGACUACAGACCUGGCCCUGUCUCUGGUUGGCGGUAAUGUAAAGCGUGCUGAGCUGCACAACUACGCCAUUGUUUGCGCGACAGGUUCAGAAGGAAGAUGGACCGCCAAUGCUACCUGGACUGCAUGGUGUACGCAAGCUCCAUAUUCCUAUAGUUGUACCAGCACCGGUGCAAAGUUCAAACUCCAGUUCCAGCAGUACUGCGAAAGCAAUUGCAUCUGUGUUGAUGUGGACCCGAAGCCUAGAUGCAUUCUUCUCGGUACCAGAGCGUACACACCCUGUCAGAAUGUGGACGGCUCGAAGCGAUCCCUAGAACUUCCAAACAACGAUGUAAAUAACUCUGACACCAACCCCGAAGGCACCAUCUCAGCUCUUAUGACCACUGCAACUGCCACACUCGACUCUGAGGCCGUCACUCAGGGCCCAGCCCCUGAGGAUGCCGCGUGGCACUUGUUUUGUGUUGGGCCAGACACUGAUGAAGAGAAGGCUGUCCACACCACGUACUGCGCCAGUGCCCCUCAAGCGUACUCGUGUGACACAUCUGGGCAGCCGGUAUCGCUCGAGGUUUCUUUGCGUUGCGACAGCCAGUGUUAUUGCGUUCCACGAGCCGAUGAAAAGGUUUCUGCGACCUGGGAGCUUCCUGGAGUCUCUGAUGCGGCUGGAGCGAGACCUGACCCCAGCAGAGCCCUUGCGAAGGAAUUGUCACAUGACAUUUUCGGAGAGCAUGAAGACAUCUCAACCGAAGAUGUGGGCACAGUACAACUAUUCGGCAGAGACGCUGAGGCUGGAGGUAUGUUUAAGCGACAUCUCUAUGCCCUCGUCUGCGAGCUCGACGGAGUGCGAGACUCUCAGAUCACCAAAGCCUGCGCGAGUGCUCCUCGAGGAUAUUCCUGCAAUCGCUACGGCCACUUGACAAGGGACCGAUACGACAAUUACUGCGACCAGCACUGUGCUUGUCAGUACAUGAACCUCUCCCCAGGAAGAAUGGGUGAGACCAUCAGCCUGCCCGACGGAGGACUUCCCGUACCUUGUGCAUGGUGCAAGCGAGGUGAUGAUGACACGGAGCCUACUGAUAGUUUGACGUCCAUCGAGUCCGACAAGUCAGCAGCGGUAAAUCACGAUGAGGUUUGGGUGCUCGACUGCUCUUCCGAGACCGGUGUCCAAGAUUUGGACCUGGUGAAACGCUGUGGUUUCGAGCUCGGGUCUUCCUGCAACGACCAAGGUGAGAUUCAUUCUGGACGGUCUGGAGAUGAUCCGGUGUGUGCGUCGCGUUGCUUCUGGUACCAGACGCCCGUGAUGUUAAGCGAAGGCUAG